GACCACUCAGUGACACUAUAAGCAAACGGAAACUCAGCAGCUCUGAGCUCAGUAGCUGCAACAUUCCUCCUCUGCAGGCACAGGGAGCUGGUGGUGUUUGGAGGAUGUUUUCUCUCGGGGAGAAGAUGGAGUUCCUCAUAGGAAACCCCUUCUCAACGCCCGUCGGCCAGAGGAUCGAGCGAGCGACCAGCGGCUCUCUGCAGUCGGAGGACUGGGGGCUCAAUAUGGAGAUCUGUGACAUCAUCAACGAGACGGACGAAGGGCCCAGAGAUGCAGUCAAAGCUAUUAAGAAGAGAAUCAUAGGAACCAAGAAUUUCAGAGAGAUCAUGUUGGCCCUCACUGUUCUUGAGGCCUGUGUGAAGAACUGUGGCCAUCGCUUCCACCUUCUUGUGGCGUCCCAGGAGUUUAUUGAAGGAGUUUUGGUGCAAUCCAUUCUGCCCAAAUAUAACCCCCCCACUGCUCUCCAUGACCGGGUGCUCAGCCUCAUACAGUCGUGGGCCGAUGCGUUUCGUAGCUCUCCCGCCCUAGCGGGGGUUGUGAGCGUGUAUGACGACCUGAAGAGACGCGGUCUGGAGUUCCCCAUGACGGACCUGGAUGCUCUGUCCCCCAUCCACACUCCCAACAGGAGUAUCCCAGAAAACGAAGCUCCUGAAACGAACCCUGUCGCUGCUCCCACACAUCAGUCACAACCACAAGCACCUCCCAGUGUUCCCACUCAGAGUACGUCACCUCCAGUCCUGUCCAGUGACGGCCCAACCUCCCUCUCUCCAGAACAGGAACAGAAGCUGCGGAGUGAGCUGUCGCUGGUGAAGGGGAAUCUCACUGUGAUGACAGAGCUGCUGAAUGAGCUCAUCCCUGGACAGAGCCAGCCAGAUGAUACAGAGCUGCUACAGCAGCUGUACUCGGUGUGUAAGAGCAUGCAGACUCGAGUGGUGGAGCUCAUCCCUCAGCUGAUGGAUGAAGGCUUUAUUGAAGAGCUGCUGGUGGUCAACGAUGACCUAAACAACGCCUUCAUCCGCUAUGAGAGGUUUGACAGACUGAACAAGGCACAAAUUCCAGAUAGUCAGCAGCAGACCUCUACCACAAGCCGGAGCCUCAUCAACCUCUGCCAACCUGCUGUUAUCACAACAACAACAACCAGCCAACCAGCAGUCAGCAGCAGCAGCACCAGUCAACCGCAGUCAGCCGACCACAAAGAGGAGGGGGAGUUUGACAUGUUCGCCCAGACGAGAGGCAGCUCCCUGGCUGAGCAGAGGAAAAGUGUCAAGUAUGAGGACCCAGGAGCUGUGGAGGGCCUCGCUGGGGCUCUGGAUACGAGGUUGCAGGUCACAGGAGGGAUGCAACCAGCGAAAAACUCCCUGCAGAACGAUGUUGACAAAUGGUUAUCCUCUGAUACGGAAGAAAAGUCAUCAGUUAGUGAGGGAGUGUCCAGUGAAGAGUUUGAUCAGUUUCUGGAGGAUCGGGCGAAAGCAUCGGACUACGGAGGACAACCAAUUAGAAGCGUGCCGUCAUCCACCUCCAGACCGCCGCCACAAUCUACCAAGCAACAGGAGAGAUCAGACCAGCUUUUCUCACUUUGAUUUUGAGGACAAAUAAUAGAAACGGGGUGGUUUGAUGCGAAGGUCAACAUACACACGGCAUCAUAUUAAAAAUAUGCCCGCAAUCCCACAGAUGUAUUAUCAGGUUUCCUGUGAAAACACACACACACACACACACACACACACACACACACACACACACACACACACACACACACACA